ACACACACACCUUUUGUCAUAGUCUCAUAAAAGUUUCCCUCCCACCCUCAAAUGACUGCACAGAGUCAGGAUGUGAAGACAGCUUAUAUUUAGUCUCAUCAGGAUCUUCUCUGGUCUCUGUGCUGGUCCUGAUCAUGGGUCUUUCUCUCUACCUCCUGACUUUGUUUUCUCUCCUCUCUCAGUCCACAGCUCAGUGGUGUUACCAGAGCCAGUACUCUUGUGAUGACACAUGUAAAGACCCCAGCCACUGGGCAGCUCAGUUUCCCAGCUGUGGAGGAUUACGCCAGUCACCGAUUAACAUCGUCACCAGUAAAGUGCACGUCAACAGCGCCCUACCACCCUUCGACUUUAUUGGUCACACCGACGUGAUCAACAUUACAGUGGAAAACAAAGGACACUCUGCUCACUUUCAUCUGCCGCAGUCAGUCCGAUUGACGGGAGGAGCUCUGCCCGGUCACUACAGAGCUGCCCAGUUUCACUUCCACUGGGGAGGGAGUGGGAGACCAGGAUCAGAGCACACCAUCGAUGGAGAGAGAUUCCCCAUGGAGCUGCACAUAGUCCACAUUAAAGAACCGUAUGGCUCCCUGGCAGAGGCAGAACAUGAUAUGGCCGGUAUAGCUCUGCUCGCCUUCCUGUUUGAGGAAACAACAGAUGAUCAUCCUCACUUGGACACAAUAAUAGCUGCUUUGGGCCGAGUACAAGUCAAUGGCAGCAGCACAGUGAUCCCAAACUUUCGACUCAGUGACAUUAUCCCAUCUGCAAAGGACCUGCACAGAUACUACCGCUAUGUGGGCUCCAUGACAACUCCAGGAUGUGAGCAGGCAGUUGCCUGGACGGUGUUUCACAGGACCCUGUCCAUCAGCAGUCAACAGCUGGAUGCAGUAGUUAAGCAGUGUCGGUUCUGGACAGGACAGCCCAUGACUGACAUCUUCAGACCGACACAGCCUCUGGAUGGCAGAGUUGUCUACCGCUCCAAGGCUGGUGCAGCUCAGACAAGUGAGAUCCACUUAUGGUUUGGUGUUUUCUCAGUUGUGUUUUGGACAUCGGGUCUGAUUCACUGACUCAGCACAUUAAGAAACCACCUGAUAUAAGAGGCAAAAGCUACUGUUUAUAUAAGUGCAACUUUUUACCUGUGUGCUAGUGGAACAGACUGUUAAUUAUGUUUAUGGUAAUUCACUAAACAAAAUGCUGACUGCAUUUGCACAUAAACUAUGACCUGAUAAAUUCAUCAUGGUUGCUGUCACAGAGAGGUUAUUGUGCAGAGUUACUUUUUUUUUACUGUUAUUUUCCCCCAACCAUGAAGUGAGCUCACUCUGUACAUCUGAAUUUUCACUUUCUAGUAACACUUUGGCACACUUGUUUUGUUUUAGUGGUAGUACAUUCACUCAUAUUGUAGAUUUAUUAAGAUUAUUAAUUUUGCCUGACUAAUUAUCAGAGAUGCAGCUGCUCGUGUUUUUCAGACAAUGAUGUUUCUGAUCACCUGAUCUGAUGUUUCCUGUAACACCACGAGGUUCAUGUUUGUGGUUUUGACUGAAAUUUGAUAGCAUCAAUAACACAACUGCUAGUAUGGCUGGAGACACUUAAUUGUGUUGCUACUUGAUGUGUGGAUUGCCUCUUCAAAUGAUCAGAGAUACUGCCUCUGUAAUCCUUAUUUUUGAAUUAGUGAAGCUCUCGGUCUCCAUUUGAGUUUUAACAUCCUGUGGCAUGUGAGGGGUAGGAAGCUUUACCUCAGCAGUCGUCUUUCUGGGUCAAUAUUUGAUAUAAUUUACAUAAACUAAAACAGAAUUGUGAUGAAUAAAAUGUAGAAUUAGGAGUUUAGAAUAGUUUUUCUUUCUUAGUUACAUAUAAGCUAAGGGGCUUUCCGUACAUAUUAACUACUGUUCUGCUAAUUUCUUCUUUACUCAUCAUGUAUAGUGUACCUUGUAAUUUUGCUCAGAUGAUUGAACGUAGAGGUAAGAUCAGAUGAUAUGGCACUUCCUAAAUGUACUGUACACUUGUUUAUUUGUUGGAAAACUGAUUAAGUUCUAAAUGUACAUAAAUACCUAUGAUUCUC